CAUGCUCUAGGCUCUCUGCCCCGCCAGGUGGCGCUGUGGCUUUGUUGUCGCGUUGAGUCUGCGCUGUCUUUGUGCAGCCGAGGAAGCCGAGAUGGCAGCCACCACCAUGAAGGGACCUGUAGCUGUUGAAGAUGUGAACGUCACAUUUGAAGACCAACAGAAGAUCAACAAGUUCGCCAGGAACACGAGUCGGAUGACGGAGCUGAAAAACGAGAUAGAAGCUAAGAAAAAGUCGCUGCAGAACCUACAGGACGCCAGCGAUGACCUCAUGAUGUUAGACGACGACUCCCUAUUGAUCCCUUAUCAAAUCGGCGACGUCUUUGUCAGUCACACCCAGGAAGAAACACAAGAGAUGCUGGAGGCCGCAAAGGAAGCGCUGGAGCAGGAGGUCAAAGGCCUCGAGGAGCGAGUGUCGGCGAUACAGCAAUUGCUGGGCGACCUGAAGGUCCAGCUCUACGCCAAGUUUGGUAACAACAUUAACCUGGAGGCAGACGAGAGCUGAGCGGUGAAAUGGACAAUGACAGAACGUUUGCCAAACAAAGCAUCAAGUAGGACUCUGCAUGAACGGCUUAGAUUCGCAGCUUCUGGCUCACACACGAUGUAUCCGUCUUCAGUUUAGUUUCAGCAAACAAGUUCACAAGGACGACAAAGGUAAAGAUUUGGAGUUGGAAUAAAUGCACAUCAUUUCUACCGUAUUUUUUUGAUUGGUCCUUUUAUUUAAUGUGUUUUAUUUUUUUUUCUUUAUCUGUUGCUCAAACGAACAAAGCAGCUGUGUAGUAUUUCACGAACACUUGUUUCAUUUGUAAUGAAGUUAAGUAAAUGACUCUCUCAGUGUACUGUACUGUCUCCGCCUUAAUGACUGAAAAGUGAAAGUCCUUAUUCAAUCAGCUUGACCUAAAUUCACUCCAAAUCGAGUUGAUUAAAUUAAGUACGUCUGUUA